CAAUACGGCAGUUGUCAAACAAUGCUACACUCUUUUCAUGUAAAUUAUGUGCAAAUGAAAAAUUCUUGUUUGAAUAUGAAGCAAAGAAGUUUGACCGAAUAUUAGUUGAACACAAACAGUGAUUCGGUGAUUUGGGUUUUGUCAAGCAAAUUGUGAUAUCAAUUCGGAAACAGCGACUUAAUUUCAAUUCUGCACUUCGAAACGGAAUUACUGUAUUUGCAUUCUAGUUUCGAUUUUUAGACGCGCGAACAAUAUCUUUGACUAAACCAGCUGAUUGGGAAAUUUUUUGGGAAUCCAUUUGAAAAAUCGACUCAAAAGAGAGAUGCUACGUCCAUCUGCUUUCCAGAAUAAUGGCAACUCUGAGACCGCGUCAUCAUCCAAGUCCAUUUUAAGACCAUCAUCGUUUCAAUUGGCACCGAGUAAUUUAGCAGCAGCGAAUAAUUCCAAUAACAAAAGUGAAUGCAGCGAUGAGCCCAGCACCACUUCACACUCCGAUUCACCAUUUGAACUGAAAGAGGAAAAGCAAUCUACGAGCAGCAGUACAUCGAAUGAAGCAGAAGCAGCGGAAGCGGCAGCCACAACAAAAGAAGAUGAUUCCAAAAUUUCGAGCACAACCAGCAACGAUGGCGAAAACAAUGGUGAAAAUAGUGAUGAAUCAAAAGUGAUACCAAAUCCAUUCAACAACGUAAAAAAUGCCGAAAUCGGAGAUGAUGACACCGACGCAACAUCGAAACCAGCUGCCGAUGACAAAACAAAGUCACAGACCGCAGACAAAAAGUCCGAUUUUUCCGGUGGAAAUAAUCUGUUUGCGUCCAACACAAACAACACAAAGAAUUUGUUUGCAGCGGCCGCAUCGCAUUCACCAUUCUUAGCGGCAAAUAACAGUAGCAAAGAAAACAAUUUCGUAUUUGGUCAAAAUAUUCAUGAGCGUAUUGUUGGUGUACCGGACACAAGUGUGUCGAGCGUAUCGAGUGCGGAUGACAAUCAGAGCGAUUCAUCGAGCGGUUCAAAGUUGUUUGCUGUGAGCAGUGCGUCGACGAGCGAAGCAGCAGCGGCCGGUAGUUCGACAAAUGGUGCCGAACCAAAAGAAAGUAGCACCGUGGAGGAUUUAACAAAAGUGGCCCGAGAAUAUGAAGAGAGCCGAGCACAGAAGCGUAAAUUGGAUGCAGUCGAAACGUUCACCGGUGAAGAGGAUGAAAUUAACGUUGUGGACAUGAGCUGUAAGCUGUUUGCAUUUAUUGCAUCGAAUUGGGAACAACGUGGACCGGGUGGACUGCGUUUGAACGAUGUCAAAGCAUCGGCCGAAGAUGCCAGAUCUCGGGUCGUUUUUCGUACAUUGGGCAAUUUCCGUGUUUUACUUAACACAAAAGUAUGGGGUGGAAUGGUUGUGGAAAAACCCAGUCAAAAAAGUCUUCGACUUACGGCCAUCGAUUCAAAUGACGGUUCGGUGAAGAUAUUCCUGGUGAUGGCACGACCCGAUGAUAUCUCCACACUUUACAAAGAGCUAAAGAAACGAAUUGAAACCGAACGAAAGCGUGAAAAAACCGAAGAAUCAACAUCGUCUGAAUCGAAUACCUCAAAAGGUAGCCAUCACGGAGCCACCAUCGCCGGUGCUGAAGAGCCAGACACGAAAAAAGACCGAAAAACUUAAAUCAACAUGCAACACGCUCUUUGCACUGCAAAACCAAAACAACUCAAAUUCAAGUUUUGAAAAUCAUAUAAAUUACAUUAGGUCCCGAACGCCAAUAGCCAAACACAAGAUACAAUGUAUCGAUGAAUUCUAUUCUGCAAAAAAAAACACUUCAACUACAAUCACACAUGUGCGCUUGCACGCUCAACUGCUAAUCAAUACGGAAUUUCGCAAAGAUGAAAUUCGGCCCUCUUUUUGCAACAAAAAUAACAAAAAUUAUUACUACAAAUUAUACGAAAAUAUAGUUCUUUGUAAGUUUUCGACUGGAGCUCAUCGCUUUUAUUCAAACUUACCUUCAUUCAUGAUUGAAUCAAUCGCUUCUUUGAUGCGACACGAAAAGAAAGAAGAAAAAAUCAAUACAUAAAAAUGCCAAUAAGAUUGGAUAUGCAAUUGCAGUAAAUCUAUUCCGAAACAAUCUAAUAUUGGCAUCUGAGUCGCUUUUUGGUAAGCAACAACAAAGUAAUUAAUUAAAUCCCUUUAAAUCUUUGUACAAUUUUUACAAUAAAUUUUCAUCAAAUUUAAACAAUAAACAUGAAGUUAAGAAAAAAUAAAA